AUGACUGUCGGAACGUCUACGCUUCAACGCCAACGACGACCAACAGUCGAAUUUAUGGAUUCUCCACCACACUGCCGUCAACCGAGAGGGAUCGACAACCGAAGCAACAAGCCGGGACGCCGACAAAAUUCAAGGACUGCAGAAGAACAAGUCGCGCACCGUUCAGUGCGUCCAGCAGAAGGAAGUCGCACUUCACAACGCUCCAGUCGUUCAAGACUGGAGGCCAGCACCACAUCGGGAUCAGCCGCACAUUAUUCCGGAAGAUCAGAAGAUGGUAAAGCUGUGCGUCAAAGACGUCGCCAAUCGAAGACGACGCCGGCCGUGGAAGAUCAGUCGAUGGUUCCUCAAUCUGGAAGUUCUACCGGAGAUCCAUCUCAGCCUGUCAACGUCGUAUCAUCCGUCAUCGAACUUCUCGACAGCCUCGUCAAAGGUCAUGAUCGGACCUUGGAAAUUCUUCGACAACUCGUUGAAGUGAAGCAACAAGAGGAGAAAUUCAACGACGACCACAAGACGAAGAAGAUAUUGCAAGAAACACCGCUUCUUUCCUCCCACCGUCAACGUUGGCCCGAGUCACCGUCCAGAAGCCGUACGACCACGCCGUCUGGAAAGCCUCGUCGACAAGAAGAACCUGGCACGACUUCAGUUUCUGAGACCAAAACUGGCGCUGAUAUCACGACGAUAUCAGUUUGGACUCUGGACAAGAUCAAAGAAGACGCCGUCGCACGACUUCCGUCGAAGUUCGACUCCGUCGCCGCUGAAAGUUUCGAGAGCUGCACGAAUUCUGAAGCUGAUCUCAUCCUGAAACCUGAAGCGUCACCGGUUCAAAUGAAGCGAUUCAACAUCGUCACUCAAUUUGCGAAGACCGACAAAGACGUACGCCAUCAAGAAGACGACGUCAACAAUGUCAACAACUCGCAUUGGGCAGCUCCUAAGGUCGUGGUCAAGAAGAAGAAAGUGCACAACUUCUCGACCAACGUCAACGACUCGCUGUGGUUGCACCAGCAGCAGCGCUCAUCUUCUGAGGACGACUUCAACAAGCUGAUCGGAGGACAGCUCAAGCAGUUCGACUACAUCAACGAAUUCAUCCGUUUGCGAGACGUUGGGUCGACUGUUCCUGGCAUCAGCGAGAUCUUUGACUCCAAGAUCUCAGCACAAGGCGCUACUUCGAAUGCAGACUACAACGUCUACGGCCGCAGUACCAACGAAGACCGCCACUCAAUGGAAGCUCCAGGGUACCACAACAGCUUCCGCGCUCACCUGUCGAUGUGCAACACUUCGCUUCUGCCUGACGCUUGGUACAUCAGACAGCUCGACAAGGACGAACGCUUGGACCCCGAGUUGGGUCACUCCAAAAGGAUGCCGCCACCGCUCAACUACGAUGGUUCGCAGCUCAUCAAGUUGACGGAUUCAACAAUCAUUGACGACGCCGUUGCCGCAAAAGACAACAGGAGCCGCACUUCUCCUGCUGCAAGCCGGUUCAACUACCAGUCGCUCAACUGGUCGAACGAGUGCCACGUUGCCGUUCUUUGCGCCAAGGAACUGCCUGCCUCGUACCUGCUCAACAACGUCAAGCCGAACAUGGUCCACGCUGUCACGGCCGACUCCAUCGACUCCAUCGGAAGACAUCGAGCAGCAUCUUUGCGUCGACAUCCACGUGAAACCUGCAAGCAGACAUGCCGACAACGCCACGGGUUCAACAGCGCAAAGAAGAUCAACACGUGCAAAAGAACACUGCGAUCGCUGAGACGACGACGCCGCCGCAGACGUCGCCCACCAGACGACUACGACUUUGUUCAAGCCGUGCCCAAGACGCUCAACACGUCAUCUUCACGCUCCUGA